AUGCAGAUAGACCUGAUGUUGGGAACAUUGGUUGUAUUCAGAAAGAUCCUUGGUGCUGUUAGGUAUGUCUCUUACAUGGUUCAAGCAGCAUCACUUGACCUGGUAUGGGCUGUGGACUUGAUCCAGACCUUGCCAGAGACUUUCGAGAACUGUAAAGCUGGUUCUUGUUUUUACAUGAUCUUUGGCAGCACACUGUGGAGACUGCAAAGCUAUUUUAAGUUCCAGUCCAGGCUGUUGAGAAAAGGACAUAGAGGAAGAGUUUUAUACUUCGUGGGGACAGAAGGCCAUGCAGAGAAAGGUACAGUGCAGGACCGAAGUGUCCGGUAUACUGUAUUUUCACAGCUUUACCUAACUGUACAAAAAGGGUUUUCAUCAUCUUUUUACUUUUCUGUUACCAGUGCAGCUUUUACACGUUACGCUAAUGCAAAAGUUGUUUGCUUACAACAACCAAUAAUGACAGGCUUAGCGACAUUGGAGUGUUCGGGAUUCAAAGGAACAGGGCAAAGAUCAUCUGAGAAGGAUUACCUGCCGCACACGUCAUGUCCACAGAGAGAAAGAGAGAGAGACAGAGCGGGCCGGCUCCGUCCGUGCGGUUAUGUGGCAUUAGAGCGUGGUUCCAGCCCCCCCUGCGGAGCGUUGCUGUGUCGGGCUGAGGGCGGCGUGGCAGCAGAGCGCCGAUGA